CCUGUGAUCUUGGUGGAAAUUAUCUGUGACCCUGUCCGAUCACCUGGCAGCCAUCACCCCGAGCGGGAGGAGAUGAAAGCAUCUGUGGUGCUCUCCCUCAUUGGGUACUUGGUGGUUCCAAGUGGUGCUGCUGUCUUGGGGCGCUGUGUCGUGGCCAAGAAGCUCCACGAAGGAGGCCUGAGUGACUAUGAGGGAUACAGCCUUGAAAACUGGGUGUGCCUGGCUUAUUUUGAGAGCAAGUUCAACCCCACGGCCGUCUAUGAUAACCUUCGUGGUGACUACACCGGCUAUGGCCUCUUUCAGAUCCGCAAUCAUGACUGGUGUGACCAUGGCAAGAACCGCUGCCAUGUGUCCUGCUCUGCUUUACUGAAUCCGAAUUUAAAGGAGACAAUUAAGUGUGCCAAGAAAAUUGUACAAGGAAAAAGAGGGAUGGGAGCAUGGCCUUCCUGGACCCUGAACUGCCAGAACUCUGACACUCUGGCGCGGUGGUUGGACGGGUGCAAGCUUUAGCUGCCUGGCAGCCCUCACCACACUCACCACUGGCAUCUUCUGAAUGAAGCUGCUUUCCUGUUCACUGCCUUCACUCAAUCCCGUUGAUUAGCUCACCGCUUGACAGCUCCUGAUGGAAAAGGGCAAAAGUUUGCUUCAUCCAGGGAUGCAGGAUGCAGAAUAAACCGCUAGUUAUUCAACCUGGA